AUGGCCGCUAAAGUACCGAGUGUUACAUUUAAUAACGGUUUAACCUGUCCUAUUUUGGGACUUGGGACAUGGCAGUCCAAUCCCGGUGAGGUGACGCGUGCGGUCGGCGAAGCUAUCGACAUUGGCUACCGACAUAUAGACUGUGCUCAUCUCUAUUUUAACGAGAAGGAGGUCGGAGAAGCGAUCAAGGAGAAAAUUAAGCAGGGCAUCGUAAAAAGAGAGGACCUUUUUAUAACAUCAAAGAUAUGGAAUACGUAUCACAGGCCGGAUUUAGUGGAAAAGGCUGUAAAAAUCUCGUUGUCUGAUCUCGGAUUGGAUUAUUUGGAUUUAUAUCUCAUUCACUGGCCUAUGGCUUACAAGGAAGGGAGUGAUCCGUUUCCUUCAGAUGCUAAUGGCAAAGUGAUUUACUCCGACGUCGACUACGUGGAUACGUGGAAGGCUAUGGAGAAGCUUGUCGAGAAAGGCCUCGUUAAGAGCAUUGGAGUCAGCAACUUCAAUUCUGUACAGUUGACUCGAAUUCUGAACGCUGCUACAAUUAAGCCAGUGACCAAUCAGGUGGAAUGCCAUCCUUAUCUUAACCAGACUAAGUUGUUUGACUUCUGCAAAGCUCGCGGUGUCACUUUGACGGCGUACAGCCCUCUCGGUAGUCCUCAGCGCCCGUGGGCCAAACCUGACGAGCCUUCCUUAUUGGAGGACCCCAAAGUAUUGUCCAUUGCGAAAAGGCUAAACAAAACUUCAGCGCAAAUUUUAAUAAGGUACCAAGUGGACAGAGGUAUUAUUGUAAUACCUAAAUCGACGUCCAAGAGUCGCAUAGCAGAGAAUUUCAACAUCUGGGACUUCUCUCUGAGCGAAGAGGACAUUAAGGCUAUUAACAGCUUGGACUGCAACGGUCGGCUUAUACCGCAGGCUGAGGGCCGAGAGCACAAGGAUCAUCCCUUUGCUAAUCCUGAUAUUAUCUUUUAA